CAGACCAAAUGAGUGCAGUUUUUCUGUGCAGAGACCGCGGGUCAAACGACAAUGUAGAUAGUCCAUAGCAUACUUAUCUGUAGCUUUCUUCGUAUUUGGAUAUUUCUUGCUGUUUCGUUGUGAACAGACACACUAGCUGUAGAAAUACCAGUUUACGCUUAAUUUAGCAUUCGAUCAGUUGUUUAGCUGGUUAGCUAGCUAUCGCUAUCGGCUAGCUGGGUUAUUGUCAUGACCAGCGUCAGCAAACUAAAGUAGACCUCAGCUGUCGUCGGUGUAAAUAUCCAAAACCUGAAAACAUCCACUUCAUGAGGGAGUCGCUUGGAGUUAAAGCUCCGCUGCAGGUCCCAAGAUGAAGAGGCUGACGAAGAAGAAGGCUCUGACUUUGGUGAAGGAGUUGGACGCUUUUCCUAAAGUUCCUGAAAGCUACGUGGAGUCCACAGCCAGCGGAGGGACAGUGUCUCUGGUAGCUUUCACUCUCAUGGCUGUCCUCGCCUUCCUCGAGUUCUUCGUGUACAGAAUCACAUGGAUGAAGUACGAAUAUGAGGUGGACAAAGACUUCAGCAGUAAACUCAAGAUAAAUGUGGACAUUACAGUGGCCAUGAGAUGCCAGUAUAUAGGUGCAGAUGUCCUCGAUUUGGCAGAGACUAUGGUUGCCUCUGAUGGCUUAAAAUAUGAACCAGUCAACUUUGAGCUUUCACCACAGCAAAGAUUAUGGCAAAUGACUCUUCUCCACAUCCAGGAGCGUCUGAGAGUGGAGCACGCUCUGCAGGAUGUGAUCUUCAAGGCUGCAAUAAAAGGCUCUCCUCCUGUUCAGACAGAAAGUGAGGACAGUGCCGCUUCCCUGAGUGCCUGCAGGAUCCAUGGACAUCUCUAUGUCAACAAGGUGGCAGGAAAUUUCCACAUUACUGUUGGCAAGUCCAUCCCACAUCCUCGAGGUCAUGCCCAUUUAGCUGCCCUCGUUAGCCAUGACUCUUACAACUUUUCUCACCGGAUUGACCACCUGUCCUUUGGAGAAGUACUUCCUGGACUCAUCAGCACUCUGGACGGCACUGAGAAAAUCGCAUCCGAUUCUAACCACAUGUUUCAGUACUUCAUCACCAUUGUGCCAACCAAACUGAACACCUACAAAGUUUCUGCAGAAACGCAUCAGUACUCCGUCACUGAGCGGGAACGUGUGAUAAACCAUGCUGCAGGCAGCCAUGGAGUCUCAGGGAUCUUUAUGAAAUAUGAUAUCAGCUCACUAAUGGUCAGUGUCACUGAGCAGCACAUGCCUCUCUGGCAGUUUCUCGUCAGACUCUGUGGCAUCAUUGGAGGCAUUUUCUCCACCACGGGUAUGAUCCACAGUUUGGUCGGGUUCUUGGUGGAUGUGAUUUGCUGUCGUUUCCAAAUAGGAGUCUACAGACCUAAGGAUCAGGUGACAGCACAGGAAAACAGUAAAACUCUACUUGCUGCUGAAAAUUGACACUCAGUAACAGCAGAUGCUCACAAUCUUGGCCUUACCCACAGACAGCAAUGACAUGCUGGGGAGAUGUUUACAAGUUUUAUUAUAAAAUGUCCCUUUUUUGUUGACAGUGUGUAUUUUUUUUAAUCUGUUUUUACUGUGUGAUUGUAAAAAUCUGAUGCAGUGGUAUGUCUGCCUGGGAAUGACUGUAAUCAGUACCUCCACUAGUCAGCUGUCACUGUCACUGGAGAUGAAAAGCAGAAAUUCUUAGAUAAAUUGGGUAGGAUUCACUAGAUUUACUGGAAUGGUACCUGCAGGCCAACAUAUUUUCACUUCUCUCCAUUUUCCACCGCUACAGGGUAGUGAGGUCAGGACUCUUUUUUUUUUUUUUUACUUUUUACAGACAUAAACAUUAUACUUAAACUGUCAGGGAGAUGUCAGUUAAAUUCACAUGGAACAACUUCCCAGCUCCCCAGUCAAAAAUGCAUCUCAUCACCUUCAGAUAAAGGAAAAACGUGGGUGUGUGUGCCGGGGGUUCAGAGUUUCAGUCCACUGGCUGGCCAGGGCCCCCUCUGCGUGGAGCCUGGAUAUUCUCCCUGUGGGCUCUCUGUAUGUACUCUAGCUUCCUCCCACAGUCGAAAGACAUACAUGUUAACUGGUGAUGUGUGAGCCUGAAAUGCGGUCACUGUGUUAGCCUUGUGAUAGACUGGCAACCUGUCCGUGGUGUACUCUCGGAUAGACUCCAGCAGAAGAUGGAUGGAUUGAUGUGUGUAUGUGUGCCUUUUUAAAGUGGAACUGUGUCAAAAGAUUAGGUGUUUGUUGGUGGCAUCAUGGGUUAAAUGAGAAACAGAUGUGAGAAUAGAAAAUCCAAUUUCAAGUUAAUUGUGAACAUUUAUAUGUCUGUGGUAGAUCCCACUGUAGUCUGAGCUUUGGCUGGAAACACUGAAAAUCUGAGUCAAAGGUGUUUGUGUUUGCUGGUUGUUGUUGUUUUAAAUAAACUAAAGUUUUAAUUA